ACGCAUUCAACAUUUUCACGAUCUUUAGUCAGUAAACAAGAACAAAGAAAUAUAUAUUGACAUGCAAGUACAAAUUUGAUCGGGGAUGGAAUGCACAAAUAAAAGAUUAAUUAGAAAAAUAAAUUUUCGUCAUUGGUAGAAAAACAACUGACUACAACGAAAUGGUUUACAAAUCUUUUACAUCGGUAUAACAACAACUUUAUGAGAAAACAUGUUAGGUAUAGUCCACUACAAAUACGUUUUCACCAACCAUUUCACUUUUACUCAGACAUUCGUCGUUGAAUAAUUAUAAAGAUGAUCCUUGUAAAAUACUCGUUAUUUUACAACUGAGUUAAGACGAAUCACGAAAUUUCACUCUAGUGAUCUAGUCGUAGAGUCGUCGUAAAAUUACAUGUGUUUUAGGUAAUAAUAUCCUUGUAAAUUUAUUUGUACUUUACGAUGAAUUUGUUUUUCCACGUAAUUUACUCGUUACUUACGACAACCAAUAUUUCUCGUAAAUGCUUCUAGUUAUGCGGGUGUUUUCUUAUAGUGUUUAUAUAUUAUAUCAUAUACAUUAUCGGUCUGGAACAAGGCAAAUGAACUGGUCGCUUAGGACAUCAAUUCUAGUUGUAUGUAAAAUAUUAUGGAAAAAAUUAUAUAAGAAUACAAACUUUAUUUGAGUGUAAAACAUUAUGAAGAUAGAAAAAAUGUCAGCUGUGACAUAUAUCACAUGUUACAUACGUUUUGUUUGAACUUCACAAAGCCAUUUUUACCUUCUUUGCCAAUAUUAACAUGUCUCAAAUAUAGACUCCUUCUUUAUCGGUGUUCCAUCAACCAAUCUCUCAAGAAUCUUCCUUCUCCCUCUCUCCUUUGCUCUCCCUCUUGCCAAACUUAAAAAGUUUCUAUCUAUUCCCAACUGAAUCAAAACAAACUGAUUCGGUUGUCAAUUUGAAUAAUCACACAGAAAAACCAUUAACAAAAUCACCAUUUUGGCAAAACUCUUAUUACAGUUGCUCAAGAAUUUGCAAUUGCAUGUUGAACAAAAUCUUUGUUAUAUAUUGUUUAGGUGUUGAUUCUAAUAGAGAUGUUAUCUUUUCGAAUCCCAUCUAUCCGAACCCAACCUACGGCGUUUGCAGCUAAAAUAACAGACACCACAAAGACCGUGGCACAACUCAAAUCAGCUGCAACCCCCACGCCUCAUAGCACAGUCACGUGCGGUUAUCAAGCUCACGUGGCGGGUUUCUUUCGAAACAUAACUGUUUUAUGGUCCAAGAAUCUCAUGAACCAUUCCCUUACCGUCAUGGUCUCGAGUUUAGACAAUGACAUGAACUAUUGCUGCAAGAUUGAUCUCGUGAAGCCAUGGCAGUUCUGGAGCAAGAGAGGAUCAAAGUCAUUCGACGUAGAAGGAAACUUUGUGGAAGUCUUCUGGGAUCUAAGGGCGGCGAAGUUGUCAGGAAACGGUAGCCCCGAGCCGAUGUCAGAUUAUUACGUGGCAAUAGUUUCUGAUGAAGAGGUUGUUUUGUUAUUGGGAGAUUUAAAGCACAAGGCUUACAAGCGGACUAAGUCAAGACCCGCGUUGGUCGAAGGGUAUAUAUAUUUCAAGAAAGAGAGCAUAUUUGGGAAGAAAACUUUUUCAACUCGAGCAAGAUUCGACGAGCAGAGAAAAGAACAUGAAGUGGUGGUGGAGAGCUCACACGGUGGAGAUGAUCCAGAGAUGUGGAUAAGCGUGGACGGGAUCGUGAUCAUGCACGUGAAGAAUCUGCAGUGGAAGUUUAGGGGGAACCAGAUGGUGUUGGUGGACAAAACUCAUGUGAUGGUGUACUACGAUGUGCAUGAUUGGUUGUUUGGAAGUUCAGAGUCGACGGCAAGUUCAGGGUUGUUUGUGUUUAAGCCUGUGGCGGUUGGAGGGAUGGUAGAUGAGUAUUUUAGCGAUGCGGAGGAAGGAGACAGCGGAGGAGGGAGUAGUCCUUUGAGUCGAUACAACUCGGCAUCAAGUGGUUAUGGGACAUUAAAUGACUUUUGUUUGUUUCUGUAUGCUUGGAAAGUUGUGUGAGAAAUAUUUAUACCAUAGCAAAUUUGAUAGUGCUUUUUUAAUUUACUUAUCUUAUGUUAAGUUAUUUGAUAACCUAUAUAGAUUUGGGGUCGAGACCAGACUAGUUUUCAAGAUUUGUCAUUUAAGAGGUCUUGAAUAGCUAAGAGGAAUUACAACAAUGUUGAAAGAUAGUGAACCUUGAUUUCUAACUACCAAAACAAUUUUCUAACCAAUGGGAAGAAAAACCAAUGCAUGGGCCUCAUGUUCUUGGUUAGGUUAGAGUAGAAAGAAAGAUUAUGAUUUUUCAGCUUAGAGAUUAUAGAGCUGCUGAUCUGCAUUAAUUAACAUGAUGUAAGUUGAACCAUCAAUACUUGGUUUCCAAAAUUUUAAGAGUUAUUAUAUAUGUAGCAUGACUUUCAAAUUGUCCAUUUUUUUAAAUUAAAAUAUUUAUAACCUUUUGAAUUUUAGUUCUGCCCAUGAGUUGGAACACAAAUCUUUCAAUCUUUGCCAAUCAAAACAAAUAUAAUCAUUUGUGCGACCGUUGGAAAUUUAACAUGUCUGAUU